UUCUCUUUCUAUACUUCCAGUUUCACCCCAACCCAACGGACCUUUAACUAGAAUUUGUUGUGAAAUAAAUGUACCAAGCACUUACAAAAUAAUGAUUUAUUCUACUCAAAAAAAAAAAUUGAUUUAUUAGUUUAUUAUUUUCCAGAAAUAGUAUGCAUAUUAUGUGAUAUAAUCCUGGUGGCAUGGUCCAGGCCUUUGCACUCGGUAGAUCUUGAGCUUUUCAACAUUUUUUAUCAAAAUUAUAAAGGUUUCGAACGCUUUUGUAGUUCAUCCAAAGAAUGCUUUUGUAGUACAUCUAAAGCAUUGUAAACUACCCAAAUGGAAGAAUUACUUUUUACCAAAGUAUGUAUGUAAACGUUGAUCUUGCCUAGGAGAAUUCUCCUUGCUCUACAUAAGCCUAAACCCUUCAUAGAACAUAUUCCGAUCCCAAGUAUAUAUAUAUAUAUGUAAAAGUUGACUUUGCAGAAGCCUAAACCUUCACCUUCGGAUACUUAUUUCCAAAUCUGCUAUUCAGAUAGAUACACACCAAAUGGAAAUAUAAGUAUAAUCAAUGAUGAUGGCUACAACACCAACGCAGUUCGAUGAUCUCCCUCACGAAAUCGCAUUGAACAUCCUAAUUCGGCUGCCAGUGAAAACACUGCUGCAAUUCAGGUGCGUUUCCACAUACUAUAACUCCAUCAUCACCAGCUCCAAUUUCAUUACCAAACACUUCAAACUCAACCUAGUCAAAUCAUUAUUAUCCAACAAAAACAACAACAACAAUGAUUAUCUACUAUGUAAAGCACGGUCACAUAGGGAACAAGACACGUUGUGUACAAUCGUUUGCAAUAUCAGCGACCACACGUUGACUGAGGUUUCCAGGUGGAGAGUACCAGUUUCUAAUGCCACCAUUGUUGGCAUCUGCAAGGGCUUAUUCUGCCUCGUUUUUCAGCAAUUUACUGUACAUGCAUUUAAUGCUGAUAGUCGACCAAUUGAUGGUACUUGGGUUUUUGACAUAUAUUUGUGGAAUCCAAACAUUGGAAAGUUUAAGAUAAUUCCAUCUACUGAUGACAGUUUUGAGCCUUUCGGUUAUGGAUUUGGGUAUUAUCAUAUUCAAAACAAUGACUUUGACUUCAAGGUUUUGAGAUAUGGGCGUUUCUUUAGACAAAACCGGCUUGACUUCCAGGUUUACACGUUGAGUACCGAUUCGUGGAAACAGUUGAGUUCAUUUAAUGGAUCUAGAGGACCUAUUACUAGGAUUGAUCUACCACCUUAUUUGUUUUUUAAUGGAGCUUUGCACUUUAUAGCAUAUUCUUGUGGCCACAAAUUCAUUCUGUGCUUUGAUCUCCAUAAUGAUAACUUCCGGGAGAUACUACUGCCACAGGAUUACUCAAAUGGAUUAUUUUUUAAGCUUGAACAACUUGCGGUAUUGGAGGGAUCAUUGGCUGUGAUUGCUUUCGACAGUCAUGUAUUGAUUGAGAAGUGCCACAUAUGGGUGAUGGGGGUUUAUGGUGACGUUGACUCUUGGACUCCAAACAUUGUAGAUUUGAAGGAUGUUAAGAACUUCUUUGGCUGCAUGAGCAGUGGUGAACUUGUUAUUAGGAAAUCUUCUCCUCAUAAACUCAUUUUAUUUGACCCUAAGAGUCCAGAUGAGAAAAGUAUUGGAAUUGGAGAUCUUGCACCAGAGAUUUACACAGCUAAUCUCAUGGAGAGCUUAGUUUUUCUCAAUGAGCGUAAUUGACAGGUUAUAAUGGGUUCUUGUAUUCAGUUGCUUCUUGGCAUUAAGCAUUGACAAGAGAGAGAAAUCGAUGGGAUGUUGUUGCUUUUCUGUUUUACAUGGGGUUUCUUUGUUCUUGGUACUUUAUUUGUUGCAGUCCUCUCAAACCCAAUUGAGUACCCAAAGCUGUUUGGGAAUUGUAAUAAAAAUAUUACUAAUGGUAUUUGGUCUUCUUUCCCCCAAAUAUCGAAUUAUAUAUACAAAACAAAAGGAGUUGUAUUAUUAAAUGAGUCCAAUAAAAAGAGAAAAAUAAUAAACAGAAGGUAUAUGCUAAAGAAAAUAAUGUAAAAUAAUAUGGUUGGACCAAACUGAUCUCAAAGUAGUUCGACUUUGAUUAAAAUGUUGAUGUAACAAUGGAGUGCUAGAUCAAGACAUUAAUUGCCAAAGAUAAAUCAUGCAUGGCACAAAUUUUAUUACAGAGUAUAUGAUAUGUGUUCAAAAGUAUAUUUCACUAGGAUUGAUUGCAUGAGAAAAUUUUGAGAUUGAAGCAAUAAAUAUGCAUUUUAUGUAAUGAUUAUCACUGAUUUUUAUAUGUAAUCACCAUUAUAAAAUUUGAUUCAAUCGUUACCUAUUAUAAAAUCAAGUGAAUGAAAGAUGUAGCCUAUGGCUUUUGGUGUUUUGGAUGUAAGUGUAAUGACCAAACCGUGUUAAUCUCUUAUAUAAUUAUGUUCUAUCUAUUUCAAAUUAUGACAUUAUGAUGAUAAAUAUUGGGACAUGAAUAUAAUAUUAAUUUUUAUUGUGAAUAUUUUUGUGCACCAAAUCUCUUAUAAUUACACUUGGAAGGAUUUUUGUUUUUUUUUUUUUUUUUAAUAUAUGUUUAGAUAAGUUUUAGGCACAACUUACUUGAAUUUAGAUUACUUUUAGUUGAAAAGACUUAAUUGAAAAUGUGAAUUGAAACAAUUUAAAAAGUUACCGGGUUCUAAUUAUAAUUUUUUAAAAUAUUAGAUUUAUAUAUCCCCAAAGAGAUGCUUGGGUAAUGGGCACAUUUGAUUUUAAGCUUGAGGUAAACUAAAGGUUAUAAGUUCAAUCCACCGCACUAUCGAUGCAUGGUAUUUCUAGAGUGUUUUAUUAAGAGAAAUGGAGUGUCUAUAUGUGUACGCAGACACAAAAUGAAGUUUAUAUUGAAACCAUCCCAAAUUGUAAUGGAAUUACAUAAUUGAUUAAUUUUUUUAAUAAAAACUAUUUACAAAGAGUAAAAUAAGUGUGGGAAAUUGGCAUGGAUAGAAAAUAGU